CUCCUUUCCCUCAGCUGGGGCGGGACGUUCCCUAGUUCCAGAGCGGACGCCCCCAGGUCACCUUGACUACCGGGCGAAGGACCCCGUGGGAACUCGCAGCCCCCUCCAGCCUCGUCCCUCCCCUUAGGGUUGCCCAAAGAUAAGACCUGCGUGGCAAGAACAUGAACGAAGAGGUGAGGGGCGUGGAGAAGAGCAGGACAAAAGAAUAAAGACAUCAGUGCAAGGGGAUGCCAAUUUCCUUUAUGCCUUUUGUUUCUGACAGUAGUGGAGGAUUUGGAAUUUGGAAUUAAAAAACAAUUUCAGAAAGGCAUUUUUCAAAGGCAGCCCCGGAGUGCGCGUUACUACAGAACUGUGGAAGGUCUUUCUGCCUGUUCCUUGCGCAUGCGCGCUGUCAAUCAAGCGGGCGGGAGGCAGGGGUAGAGGGAAGUCGGAAACCGGAAGUGAAGGCAGAGUUCCCUCCUUCGUCGCUGUUGCUGCCGCCAUACGCGUUCGCCUUGCUCAGCUCUUCUGUCAGAAAUUAGUGUGUCUCUUCUAUUUUCAAGCCCCCGUUUUCCUUCCUGGUUUUCACUUAUUCUGCGUGAACCCAUCCAGAGACCCCUCCCCUUCUCCCCCUGCCGGCUCAGCUAUGGCAGAGAACGAUGUGGACAAUGAGCUCUUGGACUAUGAAGAUGAUGAGGUGGAGACAGCAGCUGGGGGAGACGGGGCUGAGGCCCCUGCCAAGAAGGAUGUUAAGGGCUCCUAUGUCUCCAUCCAUAGCUCUGGCUUUCGUGACUUCCUUCUCAAGCCAGAGUUGCUCCGGGCCAUUGUUGACUGUGGCUUUGAGCAUCCAUCAGAAGUCCAGCAUGAGUGUAUCCCUCAGGCUAUUCUGGGAAUGGACGUCCUCUGCCAAGCCAAGUCAGGCAUGGGAAAGACAGCGGUGUUUGUGCUGGCCACACUGCAACAGCUGGAGCCAGUUACUGGGCAGGUGUCUGUGCUGGUGAUGUGUCACACUCGGGAAUUGGCUUUUCAGAUCAGCAAGGAGUAUGAGCGCUUCUCUAAGUACAUGCCCAAUGUCAAGGUUGCCGUGUUUUUUGGUGGUCUGUCUAUCAAGAAGGAUGAAGAGGUGCUGAAGAAGAACUGCCCGCAUAUUGUCGUGGGGACCCCUGGCCGCAUCCUGGCCCUGGCUCGAAAUAAGAGCCUCAACCUCAAACACAUUAAACACUUUAUUUUGGAUGAAUGUGAUAAGAUGCUUGAACAGCUCGACAUGCGUCGGGAUGUCCAGGAAAUUUUUCGCAUGACCCCUCACGAGAAGCAGGUCAUGAUGUUCAGUGCUACCUUGAGCAAAGUGAUCCGCCCAGUGUGCCGCAAGUUCAUGCAAGACCCAAUGGAGAUCUUCGUGGAUGAUGAGACGAAGCUGACGCUGCAUGGGUUGCAGCAGUACUACGUGAAACUGAAGGACAACGAAAAGAACCGGAAGCUCUUUGACCUUCUGGAUGUACUUGAGUUCAACCAGGUGGUGAUCUUUGUGAAGUCUGUGCAGCGCUGCAUCGCCCUGGCGCAGCUCCUGGUGGAGCAGAACUUCCCGGCCAUCGCCAUCCACCGCGGGAUGCCCCAGGAGGAGCGGCUUUCUCGGUAUCAGCAGUUUAAAGAUUUUCAACGACGGAUUCUUGUGGCCACCAACUUGUUUGGCCGAGGCAUGGACAUCGAGCGGGUCAACAUUGCCUUCAACUAUGACAUGCCCGAGGAUUCCGACACCUACCUGCAUCGGGUGGCCAGAGCAGGCCGAUUUGGCACCAAGGGUUUGGCCAUCACGUUUGUGUCAGAUGAGAACGAUGCCAAGAUCCUGAAUGACGUGCAGGACCGCUUUGAGGUCAAUAUUAGUGAGCUGCCCGAGGAGAUCGACAUCUCCUCCUACAUUGAACAGACACGGUAGAGGACUCAUCACCCAUUCUGGAAUGUGUGACAGUCUGUUCCUCUUCAGGAGACGACACCAGGUGUGGGGGUGAAGGAGACACUACUGCCAUCUACCCCUGACAACCCCCAAACCCCCACCCCACCCUCCUUUUGCAUCACCACUUCUAAACCCCCAUUUCCUGAUUUGUCAGAACUUUUUUUUUAACAAAACUAAAAAACACAUGUGUC